ACAUAUAUGUAAUUUUAGCAUACACUUGAGUAACCUAUUUUUUUUUUUUACAAACAAAUAUUAACUACCGUCAAGGAUUGUGAAAGUGUAUAAUUGUGGAAAUGGAGAUAUUUCAAUUAAUUCUAAUACUGCAGUUAUUCCUCGUCACAGUUAUAAAAGGACAAUGCUUUGGAAAUGGCACCUGUGUCUGUCAUUGUGUAGACUGCAGUGAAAAGUGUACGACUUGUUUGCCUGGUUGGGGUGGAUCCAAAGACUACAAUUGUCAAAGGCGAAACGUGUUAUAUCGGGCAGCAGCAGGAGAUGAUAAAGACGAUAAAAAUAAAUUACUAGAUGAAGAUUUUUCAACUUCUUUGGAGAAUAAGGACUAUAAGCCAUUUUUGAGAGUCCAACUAAAUAAGUCAAUAACAAUAGACAAACUAGACAUCACCCUUCUUCUCGAGCGGGGUGUAAAUUAUACAGUUUACAUCAAAGACAUGGCGUAUGUUAGGACCAUGGAUGUGAUAUGCAACAAGUUGGACCAGAGCAACAACACCGGGAAGAGAACUGUGUCAAUAACCUGUUAUAAGCCGCUCUCUGGAAAAUAUCUUGAAAUUGUUUCUUCAGAGAAAACACGUGUAAAAAUAUUUGAAAUUCGAUAUUUUGAAUGCACCAACGGAACUUUCGGUGAAAAUUGCAGCAGUGCUUGUGCGACCGGUUCUGGAAUUGACUGUAAUAUUAAUGCAGUGGAUUGUGUUUCUCAAAAAGGUUUUUUCGGUAAAUUUUGCAACCAGACCUGCUCUGAAUCGUGCGAUGAAAGUGGAUGUAAUCUUCUCACAGGCAAAUGCUUAAGUUGCAAGAAUGGAUAUUUUGGACCUCUGUGUGAGAAAAACUGCUCAUUUGGUUGUCAGAGAUCUUGUGGUAAGGUAUCUGGAAACUGUACGUGCAAACCAGGCUUCUUCACAUCAAACUGUUCUAAACAAUGUCCAAUUAAUUGUAAUAGGAAGGUAUGUAAACAAAGUGAGGGAAAAUGUUUGGUUUGCAAAGAUGGCUAUUACGGUGAUUUCUGUGAACAUACAUGCAUUGGAAACUGCGAACAAGGAUGUGUAAGAUCUACAGGUAUAUGUGGUUCAUGCACAAAAGGUUUUUACAGUCAUUUCUGUAAUACUUUAUGUUCUGAAAAUUGCAUGGGAGACACCUGCUCUCGAGACGGUUCCUGUUAUCAGUGUAAACCAGGAUACAAAGGGGAACAAUGCUAUGAAAACUGUCCAGAACAUUGUACGCAAUGCAAGCAAUAUGAAUACGGAUGUUCUCAAUGUGAAAAUGGGUGGUUCGGCGUAAGAUGUGCAGAGAAGUGCCCUGCUGAAUGUGGAGGAAAUGGUUCGUGUGAAAUGAAAUCGGCUAAAUGUCAUGUUUGUGCAGUAGGAUAUUUUGGCAGUCAGUGUGAUCAGAAAUGCAGUCCAUAUUGUGAUUUAAAUGCGGUAUGUGACAUUGACACUGGGGUCUGUGAGCGUUGUAUUGCUGGUAGACAUGGUAGUCAUUGUGAAAGUCAAUGUAGCCAGAACUGUUUAAACUUUACAUGUCUAAGUAAUCAAACAUGCAGUCAAGGGUGUAAGGAUGGUUGGUUUGGCGAUAGAUGUAAUCAGGAAUGUAAUGCAGCUAUCUCAAAUUGUGCACAAUGCUCCUUUAUGGACAGUGAUACUCCAGUAUGUCACAAAUGUGCAGGUUCACGGUUUCUUAAAGGAUCGCAAUGCGUGAAGUGUCCAGAAAACUGUUCCUCUUGUGAAUCUGAAAAACACUGCACAGUGUGUAGUAAUGAUGUUAGCUAUGGUAAAACAUGUAACAUUCCGUGCAGUGGUGAUUGUAUAAACAAGAUGUGUGACAUGACUGGGAAUUGUCUAUAUGGCUGUAACAACAGUAAAUACGGUAUGGAAUGUGAUAAGGACUGCGCAGAAGGAUGCAGGCUAUGCUAUGAUGUUUUAAGUUGCUUAAUAUGUGAAGAUGGAUGGGUUGGUUCACCCUGUCAACAAUGCCCUAAACAAUGCGGGGCAUGUUUUGAUAAUCUUACUUGCACCACAUGCCAGGCAGGCUGGACAAAUUUGAAUGCGAACUGUACCGUUGGGGAAGACUGUAUAAGAAAUCCAGCACUGUGUGGAUAGUGGAUGGGCUUGGUAUGUUUUAAUUUUUUUUUAUUUUCCUUUCAUUUCCUUCAAACUUGUAUGAUCAAGCGAUUUUUGAUGAACAACUUAGUCUGAUAUUUGUCAACAGGGGAUGCUUACUCCUCCUGGGCACCUGAUCCCACCUCUGAUGUGUCCAGGGGUCCGUGUUUGCCCAACUAUCUAUUUUGUAUUGCUUGUAGGAGUUAUGAGAUUGAUCACUGUUCGUUAUCUUCACCUUGCAUUUGUCUGAUUGGCCAAUACCAGGGGCGGAUCCAGGAAUUGUGGUUAGGGGGCGCGCCACUUUAUGAGACUGACGACCGCCUUGAGGUCCACGCCCCCGGAUGCUCCUGUAUUUUACAGAUUUUAUAGGGCUUGAAAUAUGUCUCCUAUUUAAGUCAUUUGUACUAUGUUCUAUAAUUUUUGAGAAGGUGAAAUUAGUAAAAUGACACAAAAUUUAAGGUUUUUGGAAAAAAUUAAGUUCUCCCAAUAAAGUAAUUCAAGAAAUCAAAA